AUGACGACCCACUACGCGAUCAAGGAUGAGGAGACGGCCGAGGCGUCAGCAGGAGUGCUAGGAGGUGGGACAAUUAUAGAGGCAUCGACAGCAGAUGCGCCCGAGGACGCCUGCGAAUUGAAAGAGAAGGUCGAUGCUAGCCAUGACGGGGAGUCGGCUUCUUCGAACAGUUCGAUUACAGGAGAGCCCAUGGCGCCUGCAGAACAGACAGAAGACCCAGAGAAGCUGGCGCGUAUACCGUCUGGUCCUGCGUACUCAACUUUUAGCAAGAAACAGAAGCAAUUCAUUGUCUUCGCGGUCGCCUUCGCGGGCUUCUUCUCGCCCCUCUCGGCCAACAUCUACUUCCCGGCACUGAACUCCAUAUCACGAGAUUUAGACGUAUCACGAGAGCUCGUCAAUCUGACUUUGACAUCCUACAUGAUUUUCCAAGGACUGGCGCCCACCGUCUUUGGUGACUUGGCAGACAUGGCAGGCAGGAGACCCGCGUAUAUCAUCGGGUUUGUCAUAUACAUUGCAGCAUGUAUAGGGAUCGCGUUGCAGACAUCCUACCCAGCAUUGUUCAUCCUCAGAUGUCUCCAAAGCACGGGAAGCAGCAGCACAAUAGCAUUGGCUAACGGCGUUGUUGCUGAUGUCGCAACAAGCGCAGAAAGAGGCACAUGGAUGGGUUGGGCUCAAGCCGGGCCCAUGAUUGGACCGGCCAUUGGACCAGUCAUUGGCGGCCUCCUGGCUCAGUUCCUCGGAUGGCGUUCAAUUUUCUGGUUCCUCACGAUACUAGUCGUCGUGUACCUAGUACCCUUCCUGAUAAUAUUCCCCGAAACCGGCCGCAAUGUUGUGGGAAAUGGGUCUAUCCCACCGCAAGGAUGGAACUUGUCACUGAUUAAUUACCUCGAGUGUCGCAAGGCCGCUAAAGCAGAAGACGAACUCACACGCACGAUGUCUCGAGAGCUAAACCGGCAAGCACAGGCGGAACUCGCAAAGAAGCGGAAGCUCCGCUGGCCCAACCCCUUGAACACUCUGAAAGUCAUCGGCCAGAAAGAUGUAGGCUUGCUUCUCCUCUACAACGCCCUAGUCUAUACUGCAUUCUACUGUGUCGCCUCCUCAGCGCCUUUUCUAUUCGAGGAAAUCUACGGCUUCAACGACCUCCAGAUCGGUCUCUCCUUCUUGCCCUUCGGCUUCGGAUGUCUCCUCGCGCCCAUCAUCGGAGGCAAGCUCCAGGACUGGAACUACCGGCGAGUCGCGAAGCAAGUUGGGAUGCCCAUCGACCGCAAACGCGGCGACGAUCUCCGACAUUUCCCGCUCGAGCGCGCGAGAAUUGAGGUCGCGGUGCCCUUACUCGUCGUCGGAGAUGCGGCGUUGAUCUGCUAUGGUUGGGUGCUAGAAGUGAACGCCUCUCUCGCCGCGCCGUCGGUCUUGCACUUCGUGAUGGGCCUCACGCUCACUGGCGCGUUCAACAUGAUGAGCGUGAUGCUGGUGGAUCUCUAUCCGCUAUCUCCAUCAACGGCAACGGCGGCGAACAAUCUGGUCAGGUGCCUCAUGGGUGCUGCGGGCACUGCUGUGAUUAUCCAGAUGAUCAGGGCGAUGGGGAGAGGUUGGUGUUUCACGUUUGUGGCGGCUGUAGUCGCUGCUGCUAGUCCGAUACUGUGGGUGCUGGUGCGGUGGGGCCCGAGGUGGAGGGAAGAGAGGAGGGUCAAGUUGGAAGAGAAGGGAGGAAGAGUUGGGAGAUAG